AUGCAUCCUGCUACUCAUCUCGGUAAUCAGCAGGUUCAAGCACUCUCGGCUCAAGUAGGUCGCAUGGCUCUGGAUUCGCAAGCACACUCAGGAGCCCCAGCAAGUCUGCUCAAUACAGGGCUAGAUGACGUUUCAUCUUCGUCUGACCGCCUUGAUCCUCAAUUGGAAAUGCAACGUUCACAAACUCAGAUAGCAGCUCUUUUGAAACGCAAUCACGAGCUUUCCCAGGCGGUCUUUCAUAACAAACGUUUUCAGAGUUCAUCAGCAGCAGCAUCAGCUUCCCUGCCCUCCGUGAGUUGUAUGUUUAUUGCUCUGGGUGCGAUUUCAUUCGUAGGAGAUAGCUCGGCCACCUCUGCAUGGCUUUGUCCGUUCGAUCAUCACGAUCAGAUUAUUCGCGUACCUUUCUCAUAUAAUUGCUCUCAUAUUUUCCCGACUAUCGAUUCUAACAUAGACUCUGUCUCGCUUAAUAUUUUCCGCCCUAACACAAAGCGCUAUUCUUCUCCUGCGUUUUGGUGCAAAAUUAUCACUACUUCCGCUUCUUAUUCGGUGAACUUUUUUGGGGCUCGCACAGAGGUUCGAACUGAAACCCUGCAAACGGUAUCGCUUGAGCAUUGCCGCAUGAUGUCCGCACACCAUCGAUGCGAGUAUGGUAUCUUUCCAACCUCGGUCUAUGCCAAGCACGGCGACUGUUUAGUCUUUCCAACCUCGGUCUAUGCCAAGCACGGCGAUGACCAUCCCGAUGCGUUGGCAGGCGACAUGACAUCAUGCAAGUAUCGGGACGGUUCUUGCACGUUACGAGAUGGGUCCGCUCUCAUUUGGUCGCCUAGCUCCGAGGAAGCGUGUCAGUUUAUUCCACUCGGUAGAAUGCGAGGGGACAUCAGGUCGGAGGCAUAUGGCUGA